AUGGCGGAAGUCCUCCGCCUCCCCGGUCAUUUUUCGCCUUCGUCCCUGCGACGGCGAUGGCAACGGCAGCGUUCUAAGGGGAGAGCUUCUUCCCUCUCUUCUACCCCUUCCCUCUCGUCGUGCUCGAGUUUGACGUUCGGGUCUGCUGGCUGCUCCGCGAAUCCCCAAACGGGCGAGAUUUUCUUCGUUGCCUCUGCUUCUGCUUCCAUCUCGUCCAAUUGGAGCGUUGAAGAGGAGGGACGACCCAAGGAGGGGGAGGACGAUCAGCACCCGAUUGUCGGCGAAGCGGAGGCGCCCGUUUCUGUUGAGCUAGAAACUAUUUCCGGAGAGGAGCAAUUCGACAAUAUCAGCGCAGAGGCGGAGAAGCACGGGGUGCCGUUCGUGGUGGUCUGGUUAGUCUUUACCACUGCCUUCUUCCCUGCAGCAGAACUUCUGAAUUAAAUGAUGCAGACGCGAGGACAAGAAAUGCCAUUUUGGAACAGUCGUCUCAUUCCUCACGAUUCUCGUACUUUCUUUUUACCCGUUACUAUUGCAAUUAAAGACGAUUAUAAUCACCACCCGCUGGCGCCUAUCCCAACUUGGGAUUCCCCGAGAGCAUCACCUUCUCGAAAUUUAGAUUGAUUGUACUAAGGCAACCAUUGGUUUGGACAUCGUGUUCAAUCUAAAUAUAUGCCCAUAUUUGCAGUUCAUUUAUUGCUCCAAUCAACGUAGCCUUUCUCCGUGCACAUUUAUCUUUCCGAAUGCACGUCACAUCCACCUUCUCUUCUUUCAAGAUGCCUGCCACUUCGACUGCUCUGUCGUUACUCUCUCACAAUUAUCAUACGACACAACGAAAUUUACAUCAUGCCUUGUUCCUCCUUUCCGUAAACUGUUCUUACGUAAUCAUUGGGUCAUGGAACUUCAGCGACAUUGCAUUUACGAGGAUCUUCGUAGUUUCUCUUCUGAUUGCAAUUAUAUUCCACUGAAACUCACCAUGUAACGGUACGAUGAGAUUAAAUAAAGAGAAGUUUUCAUCGGAAUGUACAAAAGAUACCAGUCGCAAAUAGUUGACGAGAAAGGCUUAUGAUCUGUUCUUCAACCUUCGAGAAUGAGACUGUUGAUUUAUCGGCUUGGAUUCUUUUGGUUGAAGGACAUUCGUGCCUCCAAAUUCUAUUCGGUUAAUCAACAGGUUGAAGGGUCCUUCUCUUCAAAUUCUUCUCCCUAGAAUUUUUUUUCUCUUAGUGCAGAGAACCUAUGAUUCUUCUACCCUGAAUAUCAAUUCGUCUGGCUUCCACUUCUUUUUCUCUCCUGUUUUCUUGAACAACAGUAAAUUCAAACACUCCAGAUAUUUUACAAAAGAUGACAUUUUGUUAGCUCAAUGGACUGCCACUGUUGAUUAUCUCCAUUUAUUCUUAUUCGCUUGUUUUUUCUGGACUAGGCGAGCUUGUAUCUAAUUCCGAUCCCUAUUCAUGCAUGACUGUCUGGCUGGCUGGCCUGUGUUGAGUUCCUAAUCUAAUACUAACUGUACCUCAAAUAAUAUGACAGAUAUACAAGUGGUAGCUAUACUUGUCCCAGAGAACUUUAAAAAGGUUGACCACUCGGAUUCACUGUUGUCAAAAGCUCAGAAACCACAAUUCAAAUACUUACAUUUAGUUUCAGUUUGGCUCUACUUUUUAUGAGGCAUUUGGAAAGCGGCACAAAACUUUGCCGUUUGCUUCCAUCAGGGAUGCGUGUCAGAAAUGUAUUCAGCUGUGGGUCCGGGUUCCAGGAAUAGAACUUCCUCAUCUUUAUGAGGUAAAAGAGUCAACGAUAAAAUAUUGGAUCCCAGAUUCUCCAUUUGAAUAUCAAAGAUCUAUUUAUGAAUCCUCGUCAAGUUCGAUUUGGAUAUUGUUUUCAGAAUCUCAGCUCAUUGAAUCCUGAUUAUGGUGACAUUAGUAAAUCUAGUCCAAGUAAUGGUAUGGAUUCAAUGCGUCUGAAUGUCCAACUGCAAGCAGCAGCCAAUCAUGUUUUGAAUUUAUUAUUUUCAGACUCUACAACAUGCAGUUUGCAAUGAGUUUUAUGCCACUACCUUUUUUUGACAUUAUUUUCUUAUUUUUAUCUUUUUGACAUGUAGGAUGGCACAUUGGUGCAGAAAAUGCAUAUAUCUGAAGCCCAAAUUGGAAAAGUUGGCAGCGACUUACCAUCCAACGUUAGAUCUCUCACUGUCUCUUUCUUAUCAAUAUAAUACAUUUUUUUUCAUGUUAGUCGAAUCGGCAUCCCCUUCGUUGUGAGAAAAUGUGAUCUUUUGACGGCAAUGUUGUCACGAUUUUUUAUGAUGCAAUUUUUGGGUAUUGCAUUUGAAAAUUCAUCCAGUUAUUUCCUUCUUAAGUAACAUGUCGAAUAUCAGGUCGGUUUUAUUUGCAUCUGGGUUUAUAUUUUAAUAUUUUUUUACUGUGUGAUGGUUAUACGUACAUAUGUAUUAAACAUCUGUAUUACAUUAUGCCACUUGUCCCUGAUUCUAUUCAUUUCUUGUCCUGAUCUGAUGUAAAAUUUGUCUCAGAAUCACGAUUAAAACUCUGUUUGCGAAGAAGCUAUAUUCUCGUUCCUUCUAAUCAGCACUUGUCAUGGGUAGGUUCCAUUCUUAAUAUUGUCAACCUUGAAUUUAUUUUUUUUGGAGAGUUCUCAAACAGCUCUGACAGUUUCUGAAAUCCCCCACAAGCAACACUGGGUUGGGAAAGAAGCCUCACAUUACACUGAAGAUGUGUUUUUGAUACGAGGAAGAGCUUUUGAUCAACGGUUCCUAACUAGAAAUAUAUUUUAAUGGUUACUGGCGAGGGUUCCAUUUGUGGUAUGAUGUGGAGAUAGUUUUCGUGAUAUCCUGGAAAACGAAGAAGGAAAACAUAGUACCAGGGCGGUCCAUCUCUACCUAAGUAUAGUGUACCAUUACAUCACUAUUUUCAAGGUGAUUCUCGGUGACGGGACAUCUUGGAGCUUUCUCUAGAACCUUGUUUAACUUAAAACAAAACAACUUCUAAUUAGUUUUUUCUUGAUGGUUUAUUUAUCAAGUGAGGCUAUCUAGGGGUUUAAUUAAUUGACAUGAAAAAUUCCAUAUGACUAUGAGAAAAUGAGAAAAAGAUGAAUGAUUUCUUAUAGUUUUCUGUGCCCUUUGUUAAUGCUCGGAUUCUCCAUUUUGAUUUCGUUAUUUAUCCUUUCUAUUAAGGACAAACUUCUCCAAUGUCGGCAACCUGCAUGGUUGCCCAAAGUGUUGAUGCAAUCCUGACAUGCGCAACUGACAUUUCUCAUACGGUGAUAUGGUUGCCAGCGGAUUUUUUAAUCUAUCCAACGACUUUUAUUGUCAGUGUUUAUCUGGGUUUUAGAUGUUUCAAAUUUUUAUUUUUGUGAAAAUUGUGCAACAUCUGCCAAGCUUUGCUCUUGACUAUGAGUCAUGGGCUGGAUGAGAUAUCUAUUGGGGAUUAUCCAUUAUCUGCUGUAAUGGCAAUCUCUAAAGGAAGAUGGCAUGAGGAUCGUUCGUGCGAUCAAAUUAUAUAUCAUGAAGAGUUAUUCUUUUGGCCUCUUGAUCCAUUGCUUUCUAUUUUUAUACCUUUUUCUUUUUAUUAAAAGGGUGUAGUCUCUGUUCAUAUAAACAAUGCGGAGGAACAUGAAAGAAUAGCUUUUAGAACUUCUAUAUUAGCUGUUGAAGUAAAGGGUGAGAUUAUGAGAUAAAGAGUGGUCUUGAUUUUCUUUUCUUGAGUUGCUGUUAAAACUUUGGGGGUAGACUGAUGGGUGGAAAUCGUGUCAUUUCUUGGGGUGAGCAAGGGCGUUUGACUCAAUGUUAUGCGGAAUGUAAACAUUUGUUUUCUUUGGAUGGGUAAGAAUCAUUUUAAUUUAUGACAGUUGGUAACCAUCACUUUAAUAGAAGUCCAUCUUGAUCAUAUGCUGCACAAGGACUCGUGUGACUGUAACUUACUCUCAAUUCAGCAUGCGUUUUUCUGCAAAAAGAUGGGGCCUCUGGGAGUCCUCUUUUUCAUUUUUUUUUUUGGCUUAAUUUUUUUCAUUUACAACGGUCAUUAUUUUUUAUUUCUCUUACAAACUUGUUUCUGUUUUGUUUUUCACGCAGGAUUCGGUUCUAUUGUGUUGAUGUCAAUUCAGUCCCUCAUAAGUUUGUGAAACGUGCUGGCGUCACUGUAAGAUUUUAUCUCCUCGUUCUCAUACAUAUUGGAAAAGAGUAGAAGUUUCUACUUGGUAGGACUCAGAAUCACAAUUGGUUGGACCCGUGACUAGGUUUCAUUGUCUACGCUUUCGCUUCCUAAAAUAUUUUCGAACUCAAAGGCGUGAAAUUAUUUAUUUCCGAUUUGGUGGAUUUAAUUCUGUUAUAUAGUGAAGUCAUGUUAACUAGAAAGACACAGCACUAAACGGCAGAAUAUUCACUUGUUAUGCGGCAUUUUAUAUGCUCGAGUUGAUAAGCAUGUGGGCAACGAUUUAUUUGAGAAGAAUUUCCGAAAUCUUUGGUACUUCCAGUUGUUUAUAGUAGGACAUAAUAAAUGACGUUAUCCAGCAGCACAUCAUAAUUAAAUAACAGUAAAAUUUUAGCAGAAAAUUAAUAAAGAAUUAAUUUAAACAUGGAACGUCAGCAGGUUGUGAAAAGAAAGUAAGAAAAGGAAAAAAAUAGAAAUGCUGUUCGUUCGGCAUGGAUAAUAUUGAAAAUGGAACGGUGUUAAAUCUCUGUGAGAAUCACUUAAGCAAUGCUAAAUGUGAAUUUCAAUUAUCUAUCUUGCUGAAUACGUCCCGCUAUUCAUCUUUUGAGUCAAAUGAAAUUAUUUUUCCUUUAGUAGGAUGAGAAAUUGAUAAGAUCCCAAAUCAGAUAAUGACGAACCUAUCUUAUUUGAUGAAAAUAAGACAGAAACUGAAACAAAUGAAGAGGCAGAAAUAGUAGAAGAACUAGGAACAGAUUGGAGAGUCGCAUACAACUCCCGAUUUUGAACCCCCAAACCCUCUUGUUGAUCCACGAGCACAAUACCACCGAUUUUCCACUCUAUUCCUUCCUCCCUUGCUCCUUCUAUCCUGCUCUUUGCUAUAACUUCCCUCCACUAUAACUGCUUCUUGCUAUAACUGCUCCAUCAUUCAAUCCUUAAGUAAUGCUGACCGUUACUUUCUUAUUGGGCUUUGGGACUUCCUUCUAAAAUAUGUGCGUAGAUGCUUAUCAGAAAUUUCGCAGAAAUUUUAGCCAUUGACGAUUCCUUAAUCUAGGUCAAUGAUGUAGGAAUGUUCAGGAUGGCAAUGAUCAUCUAAGUUCCUGAGCCUAGAGUUCUGCAAGAGGACUUCAUGUCCAAUAGUUGAAGCUCAAUUGACGAUAUUUAACAUUUCCAGUACUAAUAUAACUCUGGAUGAUCUGUUCAAAGUAGGAUUUAUCUUCAUAAUCGGAGAAGUCAUGCAAUUAGUUUUGCAAUAUCAACUAUUUUAACUCUCCAUUUAUUAAGAAAAACUGGUCUUCAGGAAUGCUUACAAAUGUUUUUCAAAGAGCUUUUCUCUUUCAAAGAAUUCGAGACGUUUAUGGAUAUGUCUGUAUAUAUUUAACUUUAUGUCUGGAUGAUGAGUUUCUCGUGGAUUUUACUCUUUUAUUUCCUCUUAAAUAACCAUCCCCAAUUUAAAAUUGUACUGGGUUACUCUGAUAUUCCGUCUACUACGUCAAAAUUUAAAAUAUAUUUUCUCCCAUUGUUUUAACAAUUCUAAAGUUGACACAUAGUUUGGACAAGAAGAUUGAGAAACAAAAAUUCACACAUACUGAUCGUAUAAGACGGAUUAGAAACUCUAAUAAUCGCUAGGACACCAAGGCUUCAUUAGUCUUCAAUAUCCUUGUCAGUUCCAUUGUGCUCUUGCAAGUUUAGAUUAUUUUACCUCCCCAUGUUUUGGUUCCAUGUUCCUCGAAACUCUAUUGUGCCAUAUAAAAUUAUCUCAAUGAACUAUAUUUCAGAUGUUUUUUUUUUUUUACUUGAGAUCCGAAAAGCAUCUACAUUAAUUUCAUUUCAUCGUACUUCGACAACCCUACUGAUGAAUGCAUAUGAUCAACAUGAACAGAGAAUCUGACCACGGAAUAUGUUAUUGAUGUCUCUGGUUUUUAAGGAGAUUUAAAGUAGUUGCAUUCCCUCUAGUCUCAAAGUACAAAACAAUUUGCUUCAAGAUCAUUUCAUGUCAACAAAUGAGUCCUUAUCUUACAUGCGGGGUCUCUCUCUACUGAAAGCUCGCAUGUUUUAUCAAUAAAUGAGAUGAACCAGCAUUUCAUUGACUAUUUUUUGUCUCUUUUCUAUGUAAACCUAAAAACAUGGACAGAGGAUGCCGACUAUUCAGGUAAGCGUCGAAUUUCCCAAGAAUUUCUUAUAUUUCCUCCUUAUCUGAUCAUUAAAUCGCGAAUAUUGCAGCUGUGGAAGGACUCCACGAAGCAAGCUGAGGUGAUUGGUGGCCACAAAGCAUGGUUGGUAAUAAACGAUGUUCGCCAGAUGAUAGAAAAUGCCCUCUGA